CUCGCCAGCUGCAGCGCUCCGCGCGUCCCCAGCCUCACCCCUUUUCUGGCUGUCCCCGCCUGUCCAGACUCCCGAUCCCGGAAGUGGAUGUUGCCGCUCGGCGGAGAGAACGAGGGGGAGGGGGAAGUGCUUCCGGGGAAACGGGCCCCGGGUUGGUGUUUGUAAACUUGCCUCGGUCCCGGCGGGGACAGCGGCGGCCGCAGGGUUGGCACGGAGUGCUGGGGCCUGAAGGAGGCGCCGCGCGGCUGGGGAGGCAGCGGGAAGUCGUGCCUGGCAGGUUUCUGGAACAAAUCAAGAGCUAAAUCAAGAGAAUUCAACUGGAAAACCAAGACUAGAAGACUCUCUUUUCUUCAGACAACAGGCAGAAGCCAAAGAGAGACCAGGGAUUCUUGGAACACCUGUUUUCCCUUUGGAGGACACAAAGUUCUUUUGGGAGACAAAGGCAGUUCAAUAUGGCAGCAGGACUGAGAGGACAUGAGGGAGCCAUUACCUUGAUUUGGUGACAGUUCUUCAAAAGGCAGUGUCUUAAGGAAAGCUGGAUCAAGGAACUCCUGAACUUUGGGUUGCAUUAAGUGAAAAGUCAGCAUGGCUCAGGUAAAAAGCUCUAAAGUCCUCCUUCAAGAUCACUGGGAAGCCUCUUUGCAGUUACACUCUUGAAUGCUGCCCUAGUCAACAAUAUUGACCAACCCAGUGAGCCAAGCUCUGUAUUAAACACCAGGGGGAGAUCUAGAGGAAGGAAAGGAGACAGGCCACAGCCCCUGCCUUCAGGGAGCUUCCAGUCAAAUGAAGGAGGCAAGUCUCCUGGCUUGUGAAGGCCUAGCAGGUGUGAGUUUGGUUCCCACUGCAGCCAGCAAGAAGAUGAUGCUGAGCCAGAUUGCCAGCAAGCAGGCCGAGAAUGGCGAGCGGGCAGGUAGCCCUGAUGUGCUGAGGUGCUCGAGUCAGGGCCACCGAAAAGACAGUGAUAAGUCCCGGAACCGGAAAGAUGAUGACAGCUUGGCUGAGGCUUCUCACUCAAAAAAGACUGUUAAAAAGGUGGUGGUAGUGGAACAAAACGGUUCUUUUCAAGUAAAGAUUCCAAAAAAUUUUAUUUGUGAACACUGCUUUGGAGCCUUUAGGAGCAGUUACCACCUCAAGAGGCACAUCCUUAUUCACACUGGUGAGAAACCAUUUGAGUGUGAUAUAUGUGAUAUGCGAUUCAUUCAGAAGUACCACCUGGAACGCCACAAGCGUGUACACAGUGGUGAAAAGCCUUACCAGUGUGAACGGUGUCAUCAGUGUUUUUCUCGGACAGAUCGAUUACUCAGACACAAACGGAUGUGCCAAGGGUGCCAGUCGAAGACUUCCGAUGGGCAGUUUUCUCUUUAGGCGCAAGGGGUCCUGGGUGGUGGGAGUGAUCAGAAGAAUCUACAGAAGAGUGCACACCCUUUCUGGUCUGAUGGUCCCACCACCACCCCAUCUGAAUCUGUCCCCCUCCUGGAGGAGUGGACCCAGGAGACCAGAAGAAUGCAUCGGGACAGUGGCUUCAGAGCCUCAGCUCUGUAAAUAAUCUGAGACUAUGAGUAUCUCGGGGAAGUUCCUACAGCAUUCCUGGGUAGGGGAGCUAGUCCCUGGACCCUUGACUGAGGUCAUAAGUGAGGACUCAAGGUACAGGACCAAGACUGAAGUAUGGCUCCCACAACCUUGGACUCCAACUGGCAGCUGAAAUGGAAAAGAUUGGGAAAGGGGAUUUGUUUGUUGUGUUCUUAUUUUUGUUUAUCCAAAAGCAAUUUCAGCAGGUAAACUAUGGACACAGGUAAUCUGGAGGCUUAAAGUCCUGAUCCAGAAGCAAGGACUGUGGCUAGUCCAGCCCUACCCCAAGAUUGAGUUAUAGUAGAUCCUGAACGUUCCACAGUCCUGCACCUCACCUCCUAUUUGAAGGAGAAUAGGAUCAGGGAUGGCAGCUGAGCUUACUUUGACUUUCUUAUACACUGUAGGGACAAAAGUGAAGACAGUGGGAGGAGCAGACAAGGGCUGGGUCCAGGAAGAGUGAAGAGUACUGCUUACCUCCUCAAGAGCAAGAAUGUGCCCAUGGGUGUUGUAAUGGCCCAUGUUGCGCCAUUCGUGAUGGGAUCAGCUCAAGUGCCUUCUGGAGGAAACUUGGGUGACAGUGGUCCAUGAAGCCCUUUCCUUCUCUCUGGGCAAUUGGUCUUGUAUAUGGUUUAUGGCUACCUCACUGUCAUUGACUCCUAAAGCCAGACAGAGGUGUUGAGCAGGGAGUCAAGGAUGUUAAAGUGGGUUCUCUUCUUGUGUCCUCUAAGGAAAACCCAAGACUAGUCCCAAAUUGGCUAACAGUACUUAGAGAAACAGGAAUUGGAGCCCUGACAUGACUGUUGUGCAGGAGGAGCAGUUCUCCCUGCCCAAGUCCUGUAUUCAGGUAGAGGAGAUAGGAGCCUGGCCUUGUGUCCCAAAGAACAAGAAUUUGGCUCCCUUCUUGAUGGCCAUUCCUACCCAACAAAGAUGGGGAGAGAGGGAUGCUGCAGAGGAAGGACUGCAGGAAGAAACCUAAUUAGGUUUCAUUCUUAACCGUGCUUCUUGCUCCUUUCUGCUCCACCACUCUUCACCUUCAAGAAAGUGAUCAGAUGAGUGUGUGGUAUGUGAGUGCUCACGUUUGUGUGCUUGGAGGAGAUGGCAUGUUGUUGAGCCAAACCCUUCUAUCACCCUCAACUUAGAGGAGGAUGUGCAUAAAAUAGCCUCCUGCCCAGAACUGAAGGGUGCUGGGGUCCCAGCAGGAGCUGAGGAACUCUUACUUAGGGAACAAAAAGGCUUUGUUCCAGAGGAGGUUUUUUAGACUGAUUCAACAGGAUGGUGGUUAGGAUGUUUCUAACCCAAGCCAGGGCUUGUAAACAUGAAUUUUCUACGGUGAAAUAAAAACAAACAAAACUCUCCUUAUGCUAACAAAAGGAUCCUUAUGGAAGGUUCUGGGAUUUGACUCCAUGUGGUCUGCAUUUGGAGGUAGGGCGCUGUCAGGUGUAAUCAUGAAAUUCUUAUAGGGAAUAAACAAUGGCAGCAAUCUCUGAGAGGGUUGGGGACAGGGGUCCUCCAUUUCCCUGAGGUAGGGGUAUUUCAGGGAAAAAAAAAAAAGGAGACCUGGCACCCUUUAGCUUUUGGAGGACAGCAUCUGAGGUUUUGGGGAGAGAUGUUUCCCACCAUGUGUUGCCCUAGCUUUGUGCUGACACUCCCAUUUGACAUGAUCCAGAACCUAAAUCUUGGUCCUCAGAUCCUUGCCGUGGUCCCUGCAAGGAAAGGGCCAGCCCCCUACCUAUUACAGGGCUUUGCUGUGGCUGGGAUUUUUCUAUUAAAUUUAACUCUGGGAAGGAAGAUACCUUGAGAAAGCUGUCCUUUUGAAAGUGGGAACUCUCCCUGCCACUUGGAGCUGAUCUGUUUGAAAUGUAGAGAGAAUCACAUGAGUGAUGUGUGCUUCUUUAUGUUCAAAUGCUUGUGCUAGUCAGAAUGUCCUUUGACACACACACCUCAGAUCUGGCCACCUGCCUUGGUGGGUGGAAGUAAGAAUUUCUGAGCAGUGCAUAUGGCCAUACCAGAACCAUUCCUGCUGAGGCUUGGGAAUGGUGAUUAGUCCAGUUCACGUGCUGAUGUGGGGCAAUUGAUGUGUGAAGAGAUGAGCAAAGGGAUGAAAGGAGUGAGCACCCACAGGCACAGGAGCCCUGCUUCUACCCCAUGGAAUCCAUAGAAUUGGGACUGCUGCAAAGGCUCCUGGGCCCAAUACCCCACCCCUCCUCUGCAGGGUUGGGGCUAAGCACUGGAAAGAUGCCUCAGGUGUGUUUGGAGUGAGGGGAAAUGGAGAUAGGGCAGGCUUUUAGAGACCAGGAUAUGGAAUUGGAGGACCUAGGAAAGAGUAGUGCCAGUUCCUGGGUAAGCUCCUGCACCAGGCCAUAUCAACCCUGCCCUUCUCAUCUUUUCCGUCCAACCCCAGCAGCCUCUUUUCAUCACUUAGCUACUGAUUGUGCCCCACAGCUUGACAUUGGAGGGUUAAAGGAGUGGAGUCCCAACACAGCUUUUAGCCCUCUUCCCAGAUGCUCUUUGCCUCUACUGUGGCCCUAGGGCUUUUAUCUUCAAUAAUCCCCCUCCUAUCCUUCCUCUCCACCCUUUUUUUUUUUUAAUAUACUUAUUUUGCUAUGGGGGUGGGGACUAUCAAAUGAACAAGAUCACUUUUAAAUGGUAGUUUUUAUAAGAUGUUAUAAACUUGUAUCUUUUUACCAUUAAAGUGCAGUGUAUGUUCCUUCGUGAUAUAUUUCGGAUAUUUAAAUAAAAAUAGUGGGGCUUUUCUACAUUUCA